UGACUGCUGGAGAAAGAGGGCUGGACCAGAGUUAGUGGAGGCUGAGCUGUAAGGAUCUGGCACAAGCAGAAGAGCUGAAAUCAUCUAGGAGAGGGUUAUUUUACAGUAGCAAUACUGUGGAGGCAGUACUUUCAAUCACUUGGCAUCGGGAUCUUACUUCAGGAUCAGACACAGCAAAUGUUUCCGGUCAGGCAGCCUUGGCUUUGCAAAGCCUUAGGUUGUUAUGAUUGCUGUAUCCGGUGCAUUGGGGCAGUGCCCUACCCGUCCCUGGUGGCCACCUUGCUGUGCUUUGCCGGCAUGGCAAUGUUUUGUGGCUGUGGACACGAGGCGCUGACCCAAACGGAAGUCCUUGUUGAGACUUACUUCGCUCGCAACGUUCAAGACUAUGAAGUUUUGGCCUCUUUCAUUAAAUACUUCCAGUACGUAAUCUAUGGCUUGGCGUCGUUUUUCUUCCUCUAUGGUAUUUUGCUUCUGGCUGAGGGUUUCUACACUACAAGUGCUGUCAAACAGACCUUUGGGGAAUUCCGGAGCACCCAGUGUGGACGCUGCCUCAGCCUGACGUUUAUUAUUGUGACAUACAUCUUGGCCUUCAUCUGGCUGGCAGUGUUUGCAUUCGCCGCUAUCCCAGUUUACUUCCUGUUCAACAUGGAGCAGACCUGCCACAACAUCAACAUCCUGGCUGAAACAACCCCCAGCAUUAAUCAGCACAGCUGGAUUUGCAUGGAUGCAAGACAGUACGGUCUGCUUCCAUGGAAUGCAACGCCAGGCAAGGCAUGUGGAAUGACUUUGGCAUCUAUCUGCAAAACCAGUGAAUUCUACGUCACCUAUGACUUGUACAUUGCUGCAUUUGCUGGUGCUGGGAUCACUCUCUUAGCGCUGUUUCUGUAUCUCGUUGCCGUCACCUACAACUAUGCAGUUCUGCGCUUCCUGGGAAGGAAAGGAAUCCGCUAACAGCAUUGUCUCCUUUCCACUGAACCUCUGACUACAAAAUGGACAGUCAACAACAUACGCAACACUGAUUCCAUUUGUCCUUUGGGAAACGACGACUUCCACACCUGGAUCACCUGCUACUAUUUCAUCAGACUCGUCCAAUAACAGACAAACAUUUUGUUGUUGUUGUUGUUUGUUUGUGUGAACAACAGACAGAGAGAGGAAGAUAAUUCACCCCGGCAAGUUCUGGCCUUCUCGUCAGACCAUAUUCUCAGAUGAUUCUCUUCAUUUUGUUGUUCAUUUUGUUGUUCGGGUCUCUCAUUGUGUCCUUUUCGUGAAGCUUCAUUAGGACUGGCAAUGCCAGAUUAUGUUUGACAUUUCAUGAAUAAUUAAGAGCGAUGACAGCUCGCCUUGCAAAUCGUUGGUGCACGC